AUGUUUUCAUUUAAUGCUGAACAUUUUUAUUUCUUACAUGAUCUUAUUUCAUCAUAUAUGAAAGAAAAAGAAAAAGCAACAGCACAUGACAAGCCUCGCUCACGAGCAACAGCAGCAGGAUCACAUCCACCACCACUACCGUCAACAGCAACUACAAAUGAUAACCCAACAUUAACGUCAUUUGAUGAAGUAAGAAGUGAUGAUAUACGUUGUUAUCAUUGUCCUGAUGCAAAAUGGAAAUUACAACCAACUAUAAAACU